AUGCUCCCGCGCAGUGUGCUUGUAUUAUGUGUUGCAUUUGUUUGCACACGUGGACUGCGUACCGAUAAGCAGUAUUGGUUGAAUCUAGCCAAAAAUGAGUUGAAUGAAGCGCUGGAAGUGAAAUUGAAUUACAACACGGCUAAGAAUGUCAUUUUAUUUGUUGGAGAUGGCAUGGGUCCCAAUACCGUGACUGCCACUAGAAUCUACAAAGGUGGAGAAUCACAUAGGCUGGUGUAUGAAAAAUUUCCGCACGUGGGACUUUUAAAGACAUACGCCGCAAACAAAAUGGUACCCGACUCGGCCUGUACCGCCACUGCGAUGUUUUGUGGCAUCAAAUCAAACAAGGACACUGUUGGUGUUGACGCGUCCGUAAAACCUUUCGACUGUAAUGCGUCUUUGAAGACAGAAGCCAGGCCGCAAAGUUUAGCAGCGGUGGCUUUGAACGCUGGGAAAAGUGCUGGUUUCGUGACCACGGCUCGUGUCACCCACGCAACACCAGGUCCAAUGUACGCCCACACCGCCAGUCGCUACUGGGAAUGUGAUGGUGCCAUGCCUCCAGGCGCUGAAAGCUGCAAGGACACCGCUAGACAACUUGUAGAAGACUUUCCUGGGAGAGAUCUUCACGUGGUAAUGGGAGGUGGAAAGCAGAGCCUCGUAACCAACGUUACUAAAACACCAGACGACCCUCUUGAUGAUCUCUGGGGCUGUCUCAGAAAGGAUGGACGGAAUCUUAUCCAAGAUUACAAAGAUGACAAAUCAAGGAGGGGGUUAAAUUAUCGCGUGGUCACCGAUAAUGAGGAGCUUAAAAACUUGAAUAUAGAAAAUACUGACUACUUAUUUGGGGUGUUUGCCAACAGCCACUUAAGCUUUGAAGACAAAAGAAAUAAGGGACCGAAAGGGAUGCCUUCACUAUCUGACAUGGUCGCAGCUGCAAUCAAAGUCUUAAGAAAAAAUGAAAACGGAUAUUUUCUUAUGGUAGAAGGGGCCAGCAUUGACUUAGCUCACCACAACAACUGGGCAAAGCGUGCUAUCAUUGAGUCUGCAGCUAUGGAAGAAGCCGUGGAGCUGGCAGCCAAUAUGACUGAUGAAGCAGACACACUGCUCAUCGUUACCAGCGACCACCAAACCACGUUAUCUAUCAACGGAUACCCAAAUAGGGGAAGCAAUAUUUUUGACAUAGCGGGGACCUCUGAACAUGAUGGCAUAAACUACACAACCUUAUUCUACGCUAGUGGAGGUCCCGAGUCACAUCAGUACUACGUAAACACUGACAAGAACGGUACCAAGGCUUUAAGAAGAGAUCCCAGCAAAGAUGAUGUACAGAACUAUGAAUAUUCAUAUCAGUCUGGAAUUGCUUUAUUUGAGGGCGUUCACGGCGGUGGCGAAGUUGCCAUUUACGCUAGAGGUCCGUAUUCGCACUUGUUUCACAAUGUUCACGAACAGCACUAUGUAUUCCACGCGAUCUCUUACGCUGCUAAAAUUGGAGAAUACGCCAAAAAUGGUAGCCAAAAUACCAAAUUUAUUUUUAAUUUACUUUAUAUAAGCCUUGUUUGUCAUAUAAUAUUAUAA